AUGGAUUGUUUGGAUAACAAUUUAUUCGUAAAUAUUAUAACUUCGUUAAAGAGUAAAAGUGACUUAAAAUGGACAUUCAAACCCUUGAAUACUGGACAAUUUGCAUUGAACUCACAAGGACAACAACUAUCAAAUUAUGAAAAAAAAAAAAUACUAGAACAAAAUAUAAAAUUAACAAUUCUGAUGGUAAUACCAAUAAACAGUAUUGGUUUAGACCAUGCUACAAACAAAGCAAUGGAAAUACUUGAAGAUCUCCAGAGUAUUAAAAAAAAUACAACUAUUAGAAUGAUGGGAUUCAUUUUAAUUAAAAUUCUGAAAUCCAAACUCCAAGGUUUAUAUAUAAAUGAACAAAAACUGAUAAUGAUGAAAUCCAACUUUAACAAAACUCCAGUGAUAUUUGUUCCAAGUCAUAGAAGUUACCAAGAUUUUAUAUUAAUGGCAUUCAUAUGUUUCAAUUAUAAUAUUGAUAUUCCAUAUGUUGCUGCAGCAAUGGAUUUUAAAAAUAUGAAAAUAAUGGGGAAUGUGUUGAAACAAUGUGGUGCUUUUUUCUUGCAUCGAGGAAAAAAUGCACAAGACAUCAUAUACCGAUCAGUGUUAUAUACUUAUAUUAAACACUUGAUAACUUAUGAAAAUUCGCCAUUACAGUUUUUUAUUGAAGGUACACGCAGUCGGUCUAAUAAGUCAAUUCAUCCAAAGCUAGGGAUACUUAAGUGUAUUGUAAAUGUUUUAUUAAAAAAUGAAGUUCAAGAUAUCAUAAUUGUUCCAAUAUCAAUUAAUUAUGACCGUCUUCUUGAGGACAAAUUAUUUAGUUAUGAACUUCUAGGAAUUCCUAAACCCAAGGAAACAACGUUGGGAUUAAUAAAUAGCAUUAAAAAUAUGGAUGACCAAUAUGGGAAUAUUUAUAUUAAUUUUGCUUCUCCCUUUUCACUUCAAAAAUAUAUUAAAGAUAUUAAUGCAAAUGGAAGAAAUAAUGAAAAUAAUAUUAUAUCAGCUCUUGCUCAUGAAAUUAUUUAUAGGCAACAACAUAAUAUGAUUUUAUCAUACUUUAACAUUUUAUCAGUUGCACUGAUUUAUAACUUAUCUAAAAAUAUGACUGAAGCUAUUCAUUUAGAUGAAAUAAUUAAUCAAAUAAGUUGGAUAAGUACACUAUUUAAAAAAUGCGGAGCUCAAAUUGAAGUGCAAGGUAUUGAUAUUACUAGUAGAAUUAUUGACACUAUUCAACUACAUAAACACUUUGUAACAUUAAAGGAUAAUAUAAUAUAUUUUGAAAAAAACUAUUCAAAACACAACAUUUAUCCAAUUGAAUUAUCAGAGAAUCUAAAUUUUAAAACUGAGCUGUUUGAUAAUGCAUUCCCAUUGAUUUUAAAUCAACUUUACGUCAAUCCUUCAUUACAUUUCAUUAUAAAUAUUGCAUUUAUAAUUAUAAUUUCAAAAUGUCAAAUAAUUUGGGAAAAUGACAUCUUGGACCUAGAAGGAAAGUUUUUUUUAUUAAGAAGAUUAUUUGAGUUUGAGUUUGUAUUUUUUCAUGGCUGUCAGAAAGAAGAUUUUAAACGUAGUGUUUCAAUUUAUCUUCAUACUAAUGAAAAAGAAAAAGAACUACUUCGUUAUUUAACUAUUAAUCCUUAUGUAAUAUGCUAUCGACUGAUCUAUAGUUGUUUGAUAAACGCUCCUCAAAAGAUAGUUUCAGAGGAAUUAAUUUAUAAAUCAAUUCAUAUGAAAGUUGAAGAAUUGAACUCACAUCCCUACGGAUUAAUUAAAGAUGUAAUCAAAUCUGCUUUAAAUGGACUUCAUAAAAUGGAAAUAAUUAAAAAAUACAAAAAGUAA